UAAUUAAUUUGGAUUAUAUAUAUUAAUAUUUCAUCCUACUACUUAAGUCUGCAGCGCAUAGAGCUACACAACAAAACAUAACUCAUAAGUUUGUUUUCGAUAAAAAGAAAGAAAGGAGAAAUCUUUGCCACCAUGAUUAGUUUAUUUGUUUCCAAUCAUUGACUUGCUUUCUUCCGACAACUCAAAUUUCAAAACAAAAACCAAAAAAAAAAAAAACUUAUAUCUUUUUCUUGUAAGAAAAGAAAAAAUGAAGUCCAUGAGUGAAGAAAACAGCAACAACUGGUUGGGUUUUUCUCUUUGUGCAGGUUCGAGCAUGGCGGAGGGUUCAUCAUCCGAAGCUGUUAAUGAAAAUCAUACUGCUAAUUAUUUUUCUUCUUCUUCUUCUUCUUAUUAUCCUGGGAUUUAUUACAAUGGUGGUGGUGUUGAUAAUGGCGGAAAUGGCUUUUACUCGCAUUUAACGGUUAUGCCGCUCAAAUCUGACGGCUCUUUGUGCUUGAUGGAAGCUAUCAACAGAUCACACCCACCAGCUCCGAAAUUGGAGGAUUUCUUUGGUGGUGCUACAAUGGGGGCCCAUCACCACCACUACGAGGGUUGUGACGGCGGCGGAGAAAUGGCUCUAAGUUUAGACAGCAUGUACUAUCACCAAACCCACACCCACAACGGCGGCGCCGGCGGCCAUGAUUUUCUCAACUCCGGCGGCGGCGGCGGCCACCAGCAUGUACUUCAGCUUCAAGAGUACGCGAACUACUCACCGUUUCGAGGCCAAGAAGAUAUUAAUUACCAGGCGGCGGCGGCGGCGACGACGAACAAAGAACACGGCCUUCAGGUGCCGACGACAAUGGCGGAGGAAGAAAUAUCCGCCAUGAAAAAGUGGGUUUCGAGAAACUACUCGAACAACUUGGAGGACAAUGCCGGAGAGCCCGGGCUGCCGCCGCCGGCGGCGGCGACGUUGGGCUCGAUGGGAUACAGUGAUCUACAGUCUCUGAGCUUGUCGAUGAGCCCCGGUUCACAGUCGUCGAGCUGCGUCACCGCCGGUUCGCAGCUCGUUCCGGCCGCCAUGGGUGCUGAUUGCGCGAGCUUCGAUACCAAGAAAAGGGGACCCGAUAAAGUUGACCAGAAACAAGUCGUUCAUCGGAAAUCUCUCGACACUUUUGGUCAACGAACUUCUCAGUACAGAGGCGUCACUAGGCACAGAUGGACUGGUAGAUAUGAAGCACAUCUAUGGGACAACAGUUGUAAGAAAGAAGGCCAAAGCAGAAAGGGGAGGCAAGUUUACCUAGGGGGGUAUGACAUGGAAGAAAAGGCUGCUAGGGCUUAUGAUUUGGCAGCACUCAAAUACUGGGGACCUUCUACCCACAUCAAUUUUCCUUUGGAAAAUUACCAGCAAGAACUUGAAGAUAUGAAGAACAUGAGCAGACAAGAAUAUGUAGCUCACUUAAGAAGGAAAAGCAGUGGGUUUUCUAGGGGUGCUUCUAUUUACAGAGGAGUAACAAGCAGACAUCAUCAACACGGGCGCUGGCAAGCCCGAAUCGGCCGUGUGGCCGGAAACAAAGAUCUUUACCUCGGAACUUUCAGCACCCAAGAAGAAGCGGCCGAAGCGUACGAUGUGGCGGCCAUCAAAUUCCGAGGUGUGAAUGCGGUCACGAACUUCGACAUCACCCGUUAUGACGUGGACAGGAUCUUGGAGAGCAACGGGUUACUCUCUGGUGAAAUGGCGAGGCGCGUUAGCAAAGCCCUGACUUCUUCCUCGUGCAGUACUGAAAAUGCGUUGAUGAAUAAUGUGGGGCCCGCCGUCGGAGAUUUUAAAGAUGGGGGUUAUUUGUCUGCGGUUCCGGAAAGUACAAUGAGGAACGGUACAGGCUUGAGCAGCAGCUCUAGAGAGAGUCCCACUAAAAACAUGGUUGUCGUUCCGAUGCAGUUUGCUUUGCCUGCUCCGUUGAGUAACGCGGGCCAGUGGGGCCCGUUGACCGGCCCGAUUAGGAGUCAAGUGCCGCUUUUUUCUGCUUGGACUGAUGCUUCUUGAUGUAGUAAUUAAUUCUUGGGGGAGGAAAAAUUUGGGAAAUGGAAGUUUAUUUAAAAAAAUUAGUGGCGGGAAUUAAAUUGAUUAAGGGGUUUAUUUAAAUUUUGUGUUUUGGUGGGGGGUUAGGGGCUAAAUAUUAUUUCAAGAAUGUUCCAAAGUGUUUUAUGAAAUUAAUGAUUUUGGGCUA